AUGGGUUCUGAUAGCAACAAUUUGGGAUUCUUCAAGGAGAUCGGUUUGGGUGCCAAUAACAUCGGCUCUUUCAUCAAUGGCAAAUGGAAAGCCAACGGUCCAACUGUUGAUUCUGUCAAUCCUUCCACCAAUCAGGUUAUUGGUUCGGUGACUGAAGCAUCUUUGGAUGAUUAUGAAGAGGGGUUGAAAGCUAGCAGUGAAGCAGCUAAGACAUGGAGGAAUGUUCCGGCACCGAAAAGAGGUGAGAUUGUAAGACAGAUUGGGGAUGCAUUGAGGGCUAAGUUGGAUCCACUUGGUAGGUUGGUGGCUCUUGAGAUGGGCAAAAUUCUUGCUGAAGGAAUUGGUGAGGUUCAGGAAAUUAUUGAUAUGUGUGAUUAUUCUGUUGGGCUGAGCAGACAACUGAAUGGAUCGAUUAUCCCAUCUGAACGUCCCGAACAUAUGAUGUUUGAGGUAUGGAACCCACUAGGAAUCGUUGGUGUAAUCACUGCUUUCAACUUUCCAUGUGCUGUACUAGGAUGGAAUGCUUGCAUUGCCCUAGUCGGUGGUAACACUGUUGUUUGGAAGGGUGCUCCAACUACUCCGUUGAUAACUGUUGCCGUGACAAAGCUGAUUGCUGAAGUUCUUGAGAGGAACAAUUUACCCGGAGCAAUAUUUACCUCUCUCUGUGGAGGUGCUGAUAUUGGGCACGCAAUAGCGAAAGACACACGUAUUCCUUUGGUUUCAUUUACCGGAAGCUCAAAGGUGGGCGCACUGGUCCAGCAAACAGUGAGUCAAAGAUUUGGCAAAACCUUGCUUGAGUUAAGUGGUAACAAUGCAAUAAUAGUCAUGGAUGAUGCCGAUAUCACACUGGCUGUACGCUCUAUUUUCUUUGCAGCUGUCGGCACUGCUGGUCAGCGUUGUACAACCUGCCGUAGACUGUAUCUGCAUGAGAGUGUUUAUGCAAACGUGCUUGAACAACUUACCGCACUCUACAAACAAGUCAAAAUUGGGAAUCCUCUGGAGGAAGGGACACUAGUUGGGCCUCUGCAUACUCGUUCUGCUGUGGAAAAUUUCAAGAAUGGUAUUUCUGCAAUUAAAUCUCAGGCAAGGAAGAUUGUAACAGGGGGAUCUGUAUUAGAGUCAGAAGGAAACUUUGUCGUGCCAACGAUUGUUGAGAUUUCUGCAGACGCAGCUGUAGUUAAAGAAGAAUUGUUUGCUCCAGUUCUCUAUGUUAUGAAAUUUAAGGAUCUUGAAGAAGCAAUUGCCUUGAACAAUUCCGUAUCUCAAGGAUUGAGUAGUUCCAUCUUCACACAAAAGCCUGCCACUAUAUUCAAAUGGAUAGGGCCAAGUGGAAGUGAUUGUGGUAUUGUAAAUGUGAACAUACCAACAAAUGGAGCUGAGAUUGGAGGUGCCUUUGGUGGAGAAAAGGCAACUGGUGGUGGUCGUGAAGCUGGAAGUGACUCAUGGAAGCAAUACAUGCGCCGAUCUACAUGUACCAUCAAUUAUGGAAGUAAAUUGCCAUUAGCUCAGGGAAUUAACUUUGGUUAA